CUCUACAUGGAUUGCGUGUGUCAUAGCCCGCUGAACGCAGCCGGCACCGUACAAAUGCUGAUUUCAGUGAAGGGAGAGUUAUUUUUGUCUUGUUAGAGCUGUCCAGUAAGCAGAAGAAAGGGAUGAGAAGGAGUAUCUACGCAGGCCAUGGAACAUGGCGAAACUUUGGAAACCUGGGACUGACUGAGGACGAGAUAGAGGAGGAGGUAGAGAAUGAAACAGUACAGCUGGUCAGAGAGCUGGUCGAACUGCCAAGCAGAGCCUGCAGGCAAAGAAUACGAGGUCUUCCUAUGAAUUUUAAUGAAAGGAGAAAUAUCAGGUCCCAGGUAUUUUCAGCAAAGCUUUCUAAAAAAAGUCGCCUCCCCACCUGUUGUACCGAUUUCUCUGAGCAAGCCUCUCGGUCUUUCCGCAGGUUCGGCGCUGGUUUGGUGACAGCCAGGCGGUUCUUGGUCAUUUGGCAGAACACUCUGAAGGAGAUAGGGGGCACGUUCGGCACCUCUGUCCUCUCCUACUUCCAGUUCCUCAAAUGGCUUCUCAUGUUUAACGUCUUCUCUCUGCUCAUCAAUUUCUGCUUCAUCACGUUGCCCCAGAUCAUACAUGCUCCAAACAUAACCCACGCCACCGGCUUCAGAGGCCUGGAGCUUCUCACGGGAGUGGGUUAUUUUAACCAGACUGUUUUUUUCUACGGUGGCUAUGACGGUGAGGUCAUUGAAACACCACCACCCUAUAACAUGCAGCUGGCGUACUUCUUCACUAUGGCUGCUUACUUUCUUCUCUGUGGGAUAUCUCUCAUCUACAGCAUGGCGAAGUCCUUUCAGACGAAUUUCGUUCUGCACUCAGCCUCUGUCUCUGGAGGUGCCUGGAGACUGCUGUGCAGCUGGGAUUUCAGUGUUGUGAACGAGAAAGCCGUCCAGCAUAACAAGAAUAACUUAUGUGUCCAGCUCAAGGAAUCGUUAUCAGAGCGAAUACAGCGGAGGGCAGUGCUGUCGCUGUCAGAGAGAAUGGAAAAUGUGGCACGUCAUCUCCUGUCCUGGCUCAUUUCAGUACUGCUGGCCGUGGGCUGCUGCGCGGCUGUCUACUUCCUUCUCCAGGAUCAGGUUGUCUCCAACAUAUCUCAGGAUCCAGAUAACCUGGUCACCGAGGCCUCCACGCUGGCCGUACCUGUGGUGGUGUCUCUGAUCAACCUGGUGGUUCCUCUGCUCUUCUCUCUCAUAAGCAGAGUGGAUCAGCGCUCCAACCCUCGCACAAAGAUCUACAUCAACAUCUUAAGAAAUGUCCUGCUCAAGAUGUCUAUACUGGGAAUUCUGUGUCACCAUUGGAUGACAGAUGUGCCCACCAGUGUUUCAUGUUGGGAGUCCUAUGUUGGACAGAGUGUCUACCGGCUGGUCAUAGUGGACUUUAUCUUCUCCCUCUUCGGAUCCUUCUUUGGAGAAUUCCUUCGCAAUAUUAUUGGGACCAAGUUAAUUCCAAGUCUCGGCGUCCCAGAGUUCGACAUUGCCACAAACGUUUUGGAUCUGAUCAACGCCCAGACUCUAGCAUGGAUUGGAAUUUAUUUCUCUCCACUGCUGCCGGUCAUUCAGUUCAUUAAGCUUUUCCUCAUUUUUUACCUGAAGAAGGUGAGUUUGAGUAUGAACUGCCAGGUGCCCAGACAGUCUGGCCGAGCUGCGCAGAUGCAGACGGUUUACAUCGCUCUGCUCUUCUUCCCGUCUUACGUGGGCGCGCUGUCUCUGGUCGCGUACACCGUGUGGAGCCUGAAACCUUCAGAGCUCUGCGGCCCGUUCCAGGGCCUGAGCAGGCCCUUCCAGGCAGUCCAGGACUGGGCUGAUACUGUUCAGGCAAUCCCUGGGUCUCAGUGGAUCUCCUGGAUAUUUUACAACGUGAUAAAAAACGAACUCUUCUUCUACCUCCUUACCCUCAUUGUUCUCGUGCUGACUUACUUUAUUUGGCAAGUGGCUCAGGGAAGGAAGCAGCUCAUCAGGACUCUACGAGAGCAAAUUGCAAAUGAGGGGAAGGACAAAGCCUUCCUGCUGAAUAAACUACAGAGUACACAGAAACAGAGGAGGCCCUCAGGCAUCUCCAUAUCCCAGGAUGUUAGCACAGUUCCGUCCUUCACACAGAACUGGAUGAAUACCUUUCCCCUGGAUAUGUAGGACUAUGAAAUCUGUUUCAUGUCUGAGAAGUGUUUCACAAUGUCUUUAUGAGGUUCUAGGAGGAUCUUUUGGCUGCCCUCAUAGUGUUAAUGUCAAUCACACAACUGUGAUUUUUGUUCAAGCCCCGUGUUCUGUGAAGAUUUGGGUCUGAUUCUACUGUGGCCAGUAGAUGGCAGCACCGGCUAAAUCAAACGGCACAGUGCUGCUGUUGCAGGGCUGCUACAGGGGCCAUCUGUUCAUUUGUAAAUAAAGGUUGAUG